UUUCUUUAAAGGUUUCUAACUGCAUACCUCAAUCAACUAAAACUUAAGAUGUUAAGUACACGUUUUCUGUGUUCUUAUCCCUUUUGAAACUUUUCUUGAAUUGUUGCUAUUGAUACACAAGAAGCUUACACAGACAUAUAUAAAUAUAGCUCUGGAUAUAGUUUGGCACCAAACCAUUGAUCCUGCUAUCAUGUCGAGAGAAAAAUUUAUCCAUUCUUUCCCUCUCAUCUUGAUCUUGACCUUGACAGGGCUUGUUGCUGCAACUGGAGAAGGAAAGGAAUUCUACAUUGUCUAUCUUGGAGAUGAUCCACUGAACCAUGUCUCCGCAGUCCAAACACAUAUGGAUAUCCUCUUAUCCGUGAAGAGAAGCGAUCGUGAUGCCAAGGAGUCUGUCGUGUACAGCUAUACAAAGAGCUUUAAUGCAUUUGCAGCCAAGCUAUCUAAAGCUGAAGCCAACAAGUUAUCACGACACGACCAAGUUCUUUCUGUGUUCCCAAAUCAGUAUCACAAACUCCACACUACCAAAUCAUGGGAUUUUAUUGGACUUCCUAACACAGCACAAAGAAAGUUGAAAACGGAGGGAAACAUAGUUGUGGGUCUACUGGAUACAGGGAUCAACCCGGAAUCCGAGAGCUUCAAGGACGAUGGCUUUGGUCCUCUACCCAAGAAAUGGAAAGGCACUUGUGGGCAUUUCGCUAAUUUCUCAGGAUGCAACAAGAAAAUUAUAGGAGCUCGGCACUUCAAGCUCGAUCGCAAUCCAGACCCCAACGAUAUCUUAUCACCCAUCGACGUGGAUGGCCAUGGGACUCACACAUCAUCAACCGUAGCAGGCAACCAAGUUCCUGGUGCAAGCCUUUUUGGUCUAGCAAGAGGUGAUGCUCGUGGUGCAGUGCCAGCUGCCAGAGUGGCCAUGUACAAAGUAUGUUGGGCCAGCUCAGGUUGCUCGGAUAUGGACAUACUUGCAGCAUUUGAAGCUGCCAUAACUGAUGGUGUUGAUGUUAUCUCAAUAUCAAUUGGUGGAAUGACUAAGGAUUAUGUAUCGGAUACAUUGGCAAUAGGUGCAUUUCAUGCCAUGAGGAAGGGUAUUAUUACAGUGGCCUCUGCUGGGAAUGAUGGACCAACUUCAGGUACUGUGGCGAACCAUGCACCCUGGGUCUUAACCGUGGCUGCUAGCGGCAUUGAUAGGCAGUUUAGGAGCAAAGUUGAGUUGGGUAAUGGGAAGAAUUUCUCGGGGAUUGGGGUGAACGCAUUUGAACCAAAGCAGAAACCAUACCCUAUUGUUAGUGGAGCUGAUGUAGCUAAGAACUCUGAGAGCAAGGACAGCGCAAGGUUUUGUAUGGAUGGAUCAAUGGACCCUAAAAAGGUGAAGGGAAAGCUUAUUUAUUGCGAGCUACAAGCGUGGGGUUCUGAUUCUGUGGUUAAAGGACUUGGUGGGUUAGGAGCUAUUGUUGAAAGUGAGCAAUAUCUUGACGCUGCCCAAAUUUUCAUGACACCAGGGACAGUGGUCAAUGUCACUGUUGGUAAUACCAUCAAUAAUUAUAUACAUUCCACUAGAUCAGCAUCAGCAGUGAUAUACAGAUCCCACGAAGUAAAAGUCCCUGCACCGUUUAUUGCUUCGUUUUCAUCUCGGGGACCAAAUCCGCUAUCAGAGCAUCUCCUCAAGCCUGACGUUGCAGCACCAGGCAUUGACAUUUUGGCAUCUUACACUCCUCUGAGAUCACUCACAGGGCGAAAAGGAGACACUCAGUAUUCAAAAUUCAUACUUAUGUCUGGGACUUCAAUGGCCUGUCCCCAUGUUGCUGGGGUAGCUGCCUAUGUAAAGUCAUUCCACCCAAAUUGGACACCAGCAGCAAUCAAAUCUGCCAUUCUGACCACAGCAAAACCUAUGAGUGUGAGAGCUAACAGCGACGCAGAAUUUGCCUAUGGUGCUGGUCAAUUAAAUCCAACUAAAGCUAGAAGCCCUGGCUUAGUCUAUGACAUGGAUGAAAUGUCUUAUAUCCAGUUCCUAUGUCACGAAGGCUACCCUGGAUCAAAAUUGGCUGUUUUAAUUGGCUUAAAAAUAAAUUGCUCCUCAAUGCUUCCUGGAAUUGGCUAUGAUGCUCUUAACUAUCCCACCAUGCAACUUAAUGCCAAAAAUGACCGGGAGACAAGCAUCGGAAUUUUUCGACGGACGGUAACCAAUGUGGGUCCUUCUCCUUCUAUCUACAAUGCCACUAUUAAGGCUCCUAAAGGGGUGAAAAUCACAGUAAACCCCAGGAGUCUCUCCUUCUCUCGUGCCUUACAAAAGAGGAGCUUCACGGUCGUGGUUAAGGCAAAACCCAUCUCAAGUGGACAAAUGGCGUCUGGUUCGCUUGCAUGGAAAAGCCCUCGUCACAUUGUAAGGAGCCCGAUUGUCGUGUUCAAACCAUUGGAAUAGAAAUUAAAGGGAAAACAUACAGAGCAACUAAAAAAGAUGAAAUAAGCUUAAAUGCAUUAUAUAGUAACGCUUGCUGGUGUGGGUUUGUGAUCUCUAAUUCUCUAUGAUUACGUUAAGUUGAUGUUGCUUGCUAAAUUAUGUGAGAAAUUCUUAAGUAGAUAUUUUUAUAUUUAUAUAAUUAUAAAUAAAUAUAAAUAAUAAAAAGUGUUCUAAUUAAUUUAGUCUAUAAAUAAA